UGAGGCCGCAUUCGUUUUCCUUCCAGACUCCUGUUGUGAUACCUAACAAUGUCAUGCCAAUAUUUUGGCGGAUGGUUGGCUUGCUAUGACACGGGCUGCUCUCUCUUCACCAGGAUUGCCCAAGCUCAACGGCUAAUCCCGCGCUCUAACCGGGCGACAUCCCCAUCCCAUCCCGUCACCCAUAUCCAUAUCCAUUCCAUCCUUCGUUUCAUCAAUCUUCCCCCCUCCUUCUCUCCCCCCCGCCUGCCCUUCCGUUCCUGCCCUUUACCCCCGCUCGGAAAGAAAAAUACGUUCACUCAUAGCUUUACUCUACAGUAUCAUACCAUCACGCAGCCUGUGAUACCACAGCUCUCACUUACCCCUCAAGCCAUCUACUAGUCAAUUAAUAACCUACCUUAAGGGGAAAUUCUUCACACUCUCGCACCUAUCGUAACAUCGCGACUUCCCUACCACCUCACAAUACUUCCACCCCAAGUAGGGUAACUUCGCUACCCCCUCCUCCAUCCCCCCACAACAAGUCCCUCCAUCCCCCCACCCUCUUCUCCCCUCAAUCUAACCCUCCACUAUCCUCCCAACCAACAAUGUCCGACGACGGCUACUCAGACACAUACUCAGACGACUUUGCCCCCUACGAUGACUAUUACGAGGAUGACGACCUAGCAGCCCUAGUAGACGCCAUGGCCGAAACAGCUUUCGCUCAGGGUGACCCUAUAUGGGAUGACUUCGACGUGGAUUACGAUACGACAGAGUACCAUUCCGACUGGGAGGAGUAUUAUUCCGACGGAGAGUUUUAUGAGGAGGAGGUUGUUGUUCCAAAUAUGGCUGGUGGUGGUGGAAAGGGUGGUGGGGUGGACGGGAAGAAAAGUGAGGUUGUGGGAACCGGGGUGGUGGAGAGGGGAAGAGGGGGAGGACCAAGAGCAGGGAGGAGAAUGCCGCCGAGGAAGAGAAGGAAGAUUGAAGAGAAAGGGGUUGGGGUUGUAGGGGUUAGCGUUGGGGCUACGGUGAUGGGGACGGGAGAGGAUGAAGCGGAGGACGGGGGAAGGAAAGAGCGACCCACAGGAGCAAAUCCUAUCACUGCCACCGAGGGUAAGAAAAACACUACCGUCAUCGUACCCGUAGCCAAGGAGGAAAAGAGGAACGGUACAGUCAUCGUUGGGAAGGAAAAGGAUGGUCCCGCAAAGGCCGAGCAAGGUGCGGGGGCGCCAAAGCUCGACACUAGAAAGCGGAAACCCUCCGUUGAUGGGAAUGAGAUCCUUUCAAUUGAUUGAUUUCCUGAUUACUUGCUUGCUCUAUUCACCGUUUUCCAUACCAUGUCUGCUUCUGACAACACUUUCUUUCCUCCGUUCCCUUUCUCUAUUACCCAUUGUCUAGCUAUCUGGUCAGUUGGGCCUUGUCCUGUUUUCCACCGGUAGUGAGGAGUCUCUUUUGUCCAUUUCCCCCGUGGCUUUUUCGUUCGCAGUUUUUUAUUCUUCUUUUCAUUAGCUACUCUUAAUGCCCUUGCCCGCAGCGGGCGGGCGCGCGAAAUGGAAUAAGUUAGAGAUUGGAGGUAUGGGGUUGGCUGUGUUAGAGCAAUUGGAGUCUCUCUCUCUCUCUCUCUUUUUUUCCUCUUUUCUCUUUUCCCCCACUUCGUUCGUUGGGUUGGCUAGUGAUGCGAUUUGGGGAUGCCAUCUACUCCGCAGCUACUACGAUUUGAAAUAUAUUGUGGUGCUAUCUAUGCUAAGUAGGCUUUGUCGGUUGGGUACUUUUAGUGGUGGGCUAGAUAAUUCUGGCUUGGGAAUUCCGG